AUGUUGAACAUUUUCAGGAUCCUAGCGGAUCUCUCGCAUCUGGCGAGCAUUAUCAUCCUCCUCCACAAGAUGGUCCAGCUGAACAGCUGUUCCGGCAUCUCGUUCAAGUCUCAAGCCCUCUAUCUUCUGGUCUACGUCACCAGGUAUCUUGACCUCUUCACGACCAACACGGCCUACAAUCUCCUCUUCAAGCUCAUGUUCAUCGGCUCUCAAGGUUACAUCAUCUACCUCAUGACGACAGCCUACAAGCCGACCAACGACGCCAACCUCGAUACGUUCCGCGUCCAGUACCUCCUCGGCGGCGCUGCCAUCAUGGCCCUCCUCUUCCCCUACUACUACAGCUUCUUCGAGAUCCUCUGGGCCUUUUCUAUCUGGCUCGAGGCCGUCGCUAUUCUGCCCCAGCUCUUCAUGCUGCAGCGCACCGGCGAGGCCGAGACCAUCACCACCCACUACCUCUUCGCCCUCGGCAGCUACCGUGCCCUCUACAUUCCCAACUGGAUCUACCGCUACUUCACCGAGCCCCGGCACAAGGUCGAUUGGAUCGCCAUCGUCGCCGGCAUCAUCCAGACCGUCCUCUACAGCGACUUUUUCUGGAUCUACUACACAAAGGUCCUCAAGGGCAAGAAGUUCAAGCUGCCCGUGUAG